GGCGGUGCCGAUUACGAAGCCAGAAUGUCAGCGAGCACGGAUCCCUUCCAUCUCUCCACAACCUAUUCAUGUCGUCCGCCUCCUCGUUCUUUCGUCGUCGUCGGGCAUGGGUCCUAAUAUUUUCCGUGCUCGGCCUGAUAUACUACUUCGCCCAGUUUGCAAGAAACAGCACGAACGACCCGGUCGAUGAGAUAUACGGCCUGAUUCAUCUCGUGACCUCCCCGGAGGAGGACCGUCAGCACAUUCUGGGGCACACGGAGGGUUUCGACCCCACGAAGCCCGUGGAUAUGAGUCUGUAUGCCGCUGGGGCCAAGGCCAUGAACUGGAACAAGCGUGCCAAGGAGCUCGACCAGAAGUACCCCCUGGUUGUCUUCAGCAAGUCUUAUUGCCCGUGAGUUUCAAUGCCCCUGGGGGUGCUUCUUCAUUCCCGUCCCACACGCAAACCCAGGUUUUCGCGACGGGCAAAGGAGCUUUUGGCGUCUUAUGAUCUUUCUCCGCCUCCCCAGGUCAUCGAAGUCGAUCUCAGAGACGACGCGACCCAGGUCAAAUCGCUUCUCACGCGACUCACGCAGCACAGCACGUUCCCGAAUGUCAUCAUCCGGGGCAAGUCUAUCGGUGGCUCGGAUAACCUGCAGGCCCUUGCUGCGAACCACUCGCUCAAGCAGAUCCUGGAAAAUGCGGGGAUUUCAGUCCGCGCCAAUGUGUAAUACGUUGUUUAUGUGUUCUUUAUCCGGUUUAUUGCCUUGUGCUCGUACCCACCAAGUAGUAAAAGUAUUUAUCGCGCUUGGAAAGGAAUGCAAAGCACAUCGCCAAACACGUGUAUACAUAACACAUCAUCUCUUCUAGAUGCCGCCCCAGCACAUCGCCAUUCUGGGCGGUGGGCUCUCGGGUCUCUCGUCCGCUUUCCACCUCUCCAGGAGGUUUCCAACAUGCAAAAUCACCAUCAUUGAGAAAAACAAGCAGCUCGGCGGCUGGGCUGCCAACACGGCGCGUGUCACACUUCCCGGCGGUCGCGGGACCGUCGUCCUGGAAGGGGGUCCCCGCACCCUCCGGCCGAACUCGAACGCAGUGCUAGAGCUGAUCAACCUGCUCGGGCUCUCCGACGCUCUGCUCACGACGCCGAAGUCGUCGGCGGCGGCCAAGCGGCGGUUCCUCCACGUCCCGGGAACGCCGGGCAUCUGGCGCAUCCCGGGCCCGACGCUCUCGUUCCUGUGGUCUGAGCUGCGCUUUUUCAUCACGCCGGGCCUGGUGAACGAGCUGGUGCGCGGGUGGAACCGGCCCGCGGACAUCGUGGACGAGUCGCUUGAGAGCUUCCUCACGCGCCGCAUGCACCCGGUCACCGCGCGGAUCCUGGGCAGCGCGCUGGUGCACGGGAUAUACGCGACGGACGCGCGCCUGCUGAGCGUGCGUGCGGCGUUUCCGAAGUUGUGGGAGAUGGAGGAGAAGGGGAACGGCCGGCUGUUGUGGGGCCUCCUUACCCGAUCGCGCCAGGAUAGGAACGAGGAGAAGCUCAAGGUGGAGGAGGACCGUCAACGGUAUGAGCUGGGUGAUGUUAUGCCGCUCCUAGAGGGAGCUGCGGUUUUCUCGUUCCGCGACGGGAUGAGCAGCCUUCCGCAGGCACUGACUCGUGCGAUCCGGCAGAAUCCGAACGUUGGCAUUAUGACUGAGACAGAGAUCGAGUCGUUACAGUUGAAUGAAGAAGGCUUCGAGAUCACAACCAAGCAAACCAAUCCCGUCAGGCCCUCUCAUGUCGUAUCUGCCCUGCCGCUUCCCAUUCUCCAUCAGCUGCUUCCGGCAACACACGAGCUGCCAUACCUUAGAACUAACCCGUAUUCCUCGGUGACCUCGAUCAAUCUCGUCUUCCCUGGGAAACGGAUUUGGCCCCGGGGGUUUGGAUACUUGGUUCCUCGACCCCAGAACGACUACGCCGUGGAUGAGGCUGGGAUUCUCGGUGUGGUGUUCGACAGCGAGGCGUUGUCGGGGCAAGACAAUCUCGCGCCAGGGGAGCAGAUCACGAAGGUGACUGUCAUGAUGGGUGGCCCGCAUCGGAAUGUGGAUACCCGCAUCCCGGUUGUGCUCGCCCACCUGCAGUAUCAGCUGAACCGCAGCAAGCCCUUCCCCGAGCCGCUGGCCGUGAAAGUUUGGGAGAACAGACACUGCAUCCCGACGCCGAUGCCUGGGCAUUUGGUUCGCAUGGAGCGGCUCCAGGAAGCUUUGAAAGGAGAUCUGUGGCAGGGAAGGAUGGAGGUUAUCGGCGCUGGAGUGAAAGGCGUCAGCGUCGGGGACUGCAUCGAAAGCGGGCGCAAUGUAGGGCUGGAAUGGUAAUGGCAAUCCCAGGACGUAUGAGAUUUUUUCAACUCCGACGCUUCCAUGUCGAACGCUUGCGAUCUCAGAUCUCACGCUUAUCUAUUCCUCCUUUACAUGUGGGUUGGUCAACGUGUAGAGAGCAUCUUAAUUCCCACCAGUCGGGCGUCCACUUUUCCAAAACUUUUCGUUUAUGCCAAGUGGCU